GAUCAGCGGCAGAAGCCGAGGCAGUCCGCGAGCGACCCGCGACUCGCUCGGUCGCUGCUUUCCCUCUUGCUAUCCUGCGAGAGAACUUUACCGGGAACAGAGAAGGAAACGGUCUGGCAGCACGCGAUAGAUACGUACAUUUCGAUAGGUAGACAUAGAGAGACAGAGAUACGGAUAUAUACAUGUAUACGGAUCGGAUGCUCAACACGCGUCACGCACGGUCACACAUGUUUCGAACGUGAACUAGUUGUCAGAUCGGAGACGGGAUACGCAAGGCGAAUAAUGCUCGCGAACGAUCGUGAAAUCGUUAUGAAGUAUAACGACGAGUCGUCAGGUGCGUCAACGAUAAAGUGUCGAAAGGACGAUUUUCAAAGUUGGCAAGUUUCAUCGACGCGAGGAGGGCGAAGGAACGAGCGCAUAGCUGAAAUCCGGCAGAGGGCCGAUCUUUUUGUAAAUUCCCGUCUGACCGAAUCAAUUCUGUAAAAUGUGAUCGAGAUAUCGGGUAUUUAUAAGAGGUGCGUGGAAAUGGGGCAAGUCCUAGUGGCGAGGAUGAUACGUGACAUGGAGUGCUUUGAGUGUGUUUGAGGAGAGGCUGAAGGGGUAGGAGGGCGUUGGAGGCUGCCAAGGGCAAAUCCUCAAAAGCCCUGAGAUAAUGGACGCUAUUCAGGUCGAUCCUGGCAGGACUAAUCACGCGGACAGUGAGAAGAUUGUGAAGAUACCGAAGAGCCCGACGAAGUACGUCUUUAAACCGGAAGUCGUAAAGUCCUCGCCAAAUAAACACGAGAGGGGCAAUCGUGAGAGGAAUUUGCCAAAGACUCUGCUCCUGGGACAGGCAUCGUCGAAAGGACUCAAGGGACUCUUCGUCAGAGGUACGAGGUUCAUUGGCGAGAAGAGUCCUGAGAAUAACGUGGGCCGGAAGCGGAGUCAGUCGCUCUUCGUAUCCCGCGAUUCCAAAGAGUUCGACAGGCACUUUGAGUGCGACGCACUCAGAGGUAAAAGACACGAGGGACACGAAGGGGGUGAAAGGAGUCAGGAUGGCAAACGGGAUAAAAAUGAGGAUCGAUACGGGAAGGGAACCGGUAGGCCAGACAGGAAGUUCGAAAGAAACGGAGAUCAGUGCUGCGCGCGAGGCAGGAGUCAAAUUUCGAAAUCAAGAAGCCAAGGGGAACGCACGCCAGAGUCACAUAGUCCCGGUGGAUGUUCUCAGGGUAAAAGGAAGAACGGCAAGUUCAGCUACGGACCGAUAAGUCCGACCGACAGUCACGACCUAGUCAGACCUCAGGACGGGAGGCAGCACGAGAUCAAAGGUGGAAAAUCGUCGUUUGACAGAAACGGAAAUCCUCAAAAUGGUAGAAAUUCGCCGCGAUAUCGUAUCAAAAGUUCGAGAAGCGACAGAAACUCUCCCAAGGGUUCUGCUCCUUCGAAGCUGGAUAAGAUCUCGCCAAGAUCAGGCUCACCCUUCGCUACGACCAACCACAUGGAUCGUCUGUCGCCUAGCCACGAGGAGGACGCGCGGAAAUACUCUAAUAGGUCAUUCCAAGAUGGCGCCAAGAAGUGUCCCAGGUGUGAGAGUUUCAGUGAAUCGCCUUAUCCGGCCAGCCAGUACCCUUUCCGGCCGGAGUACUUCGAGACUGGUCGAGACUCUCCUGACGACGAUCACUCGAAGAGGUACUUGUUCGAGCAGCGACAAGAAACCCCAGUAGCAUCUCUUCUCUAUCGAAGUAGAUCGUUACCACAGUUGUCGGUCCACGACAGCGGCGUCGGCAGCAACGAGCAACCUCCCGGAAGACCUACUUCGAGGCUGGUUGCUGAUCUGCGGCAACUACUCACUCUGAAGCAACACUAUUACCCUGAGGGCGGGUGGGGUUGGGUCGUGCUCGUUGUGGGAAUCCUAGUUCAGAUUUUGUCACACGGGAUUCAUGGCGCUGCAGGAAUUUUUCUUCAGCAAGUGGCUGCGCGCUUCGGUCCUCAAGCCUACUUGCAGUCAGGAUGGCUCGGGGCAAUGUCCACGGGGGUUGCGCUUCUCGUAUCGCCAGUGACAAUAGCUUUCUGUCGAAGAAAAAGUACAAGAGUGACCGCAGUACUGGGUGGCCUCGUCACGGCUUUAGGCUGCCUCUUCACUUCGUUCGCUUCACAAUUUCAUCAACUUUUCUUCAGCUACGGCACCGUGGUCGGAAUAGGAGUUGGCAUGACGAGAGAUUGCAGUACUCUGAUGGUAGCGCAGUAUUUCAAGAGGAGAAGGGAAUUCGUUGAAAUUUUCAUCGUUUCCGGAAGUGGCCUUGGUAUCGCCGUGAUGUCCGCGUUCAUCAAGGGAGCCAUUAGCAAAAUCGGUUGGCGUCUUGGACUGCAGGCUGUCACCGGUGUCGUAUUUCUUACUUUUAUCCUCGGAACGUUUUACCGCAGUGCUUCGCUGUACCAUCCUCAGAGAAGAGCGAUUUUGCAUUUGAAAAAUCAAAAGCGCAAAAUCAAAGACAAGAACAAAUUGGACGAUCGGCCUCCGUUCUUUGACUUUAGUACACUCAAGAGCAAAACUGUCAGAAUAUUAUUGGUAUCCACCGGAAUAUCAGCGUUUGGAAUUAACACCCCAAUAUUUUAUUUGGCUCAUCAAGCCGAAGAAGAAGGUCUUGGCGAUACUGUUGUUCUUCUUCAAGCUUAUCUUGGUCUUGCUUGGACUCUGGGCUGCGUAGCUUUCGGUCUCUUAGUCGUUCAUCACAGUGUCGAGUGCCGAAUAGCUCGUCAAUAUUUAACCCAAGCUGCAGUCUUCAUGUGCGGUCUGUGCAUUCUGGCUCUAACGGCUGUCCAUGGGAAUUAUCAUGGUUACGUCAUGUUCACGUGGAUCUAUGGCAUCUUCUGCGGUGGCUACCAUUAUAGCUUGAAGAUGUACACGUACGAGAGGGUAAGAGCAAGAAACUUCGCAAGGACGUGGGGCUUCGUUCAGUGUUCUCAAGCAAUACCGAUCGCCAUCGGCGUACCAAUCUCAGGGUAUAUGAACGUCGGAUGUGGCGGCAAGGCCGGUUACUACUUCAGUUCUACCUGCGUUCUAGUCGGGAGUUUCACUCUCUUUUUCAUAGACCUUCACAGGAGGAAUUUAUCCAGGCAUAAGCAUACCAGAGCCAAUGGGACUAGGCAUCUGUGCGUAUCCGAUAGUUGUCCGCAAAGACGACGAUUAUCAUUUAGUCAGGAGCCUGAGAACGAAGGAGUAGCCGCUGGAGCGGCUGCCGCAGCGUUGGUCUUAGGGGCUGAGCUUGCACCUGCCCCAGGGGAAAUCAUGGAUGCCCUGGGUGUCGACAAACCCGAGUUGACCUGCAUCUCUGAAGAAGGCAUAGCGGACAUGGACCUACCGGAUAAUCUUCUCGAUGACCUUGAUUACAUAGGCGACUGCAUAACGUCCUGUAACAAAGUGGAGAAUUACCUGAUGCUUUCGGAAUUCGAAAACAACCUCAUAGCCGAAAUGCCCAUUAUUCUUGAUCGAAAAGGUCGUCGAUGGUCACUGGCAAGAUCGAAGGGUCCUGCUUCCGGAAGUCAGGGAGGUCCUGCUCCCGCAGCGAGCGAGGAGGAAGAGUCAAAGCCAAAGUGGCGGCUGAUGACUGCUCCUCCGAAUAAUCGAGUCAUUACGGUCAUUGACGAAGCUAGCACGUAAUACCUGGCGAGCGUGUAGAUACACUAAUUUAUUUAUGAUAAUUUAUUGUCAAUCUAUUUUUAUUCUAUCAUCGAUUAGAUCAAAUCGACGAUAAGCUCUGUGCGAUCAACGAAUACGUCAAUGGGUAUAUACAUGAAAAUGAAGGGGUCAGCGUCGGUCAACCAGGAAACAAUUCGUAGCUAUCGACUGAGAAAGUUUCACGCUGAGGUCAGAUCGUCAAUUCGGUUAGAAUUGUCGAUUCGUUAUUCGCAAGACGAUAUUGGUACAUCCUUCUCAAUCUACCUUACUCGGUGACCCUAUUGAUCCAAGUCUACCUUACUAUUUUUCAAGCCUCACGAGACAAUAAAGCUUACCUUUAAUUUACGGAAAUAAGCCACAAAUAUACUCCGUCCAGAGAUACAUGUUUUAUAGAAGAAUUUCAAAGAUUAAUAAACACUCGGUAAUUAGGAUUCGUCUAGUCCAACAGAUAUCAACUAGAAGUACCAACAGCAGUCGAGUUAAUUUCCAUUGGGAAGUUUUCAAUGCAAAUGACGUCGCGAGUUCGUUAAAUGCAGAUUAGGAUAUCUUUGUGCUUUUUAUGACCCUCGCGAAUUACCGAACGAGGACAAUUUUUUUAUAACGAAUUAUCCUCAGCAUUCGCUAUGCGUCUUGGCCACUAGUUGCGCAAACCCCUUCAUUAAUCGAGCAGGAGCGUUACGGCUACCAUGUUAAGGAUUGUUUAGCGUGUGAUUAGUGUUAAUUGCGAUAUAAAUUUAGAAACGAUCUUUCGAUCGGAACGUGUCGCGGAUCGACGGAAAGUCACGAUCUAUUCGACGAACGAACGUAGGGAGCUUCGUCGCGUUUCAAGAGACUGGCAAAAAAAAUGAAUUUCUUGUGAUCGGAUUAGAAAAAUAAUAUGUUGCGGUGAUUAGGACAAGCGCAGUUUACGACAGCGUGUUACAAUAAGGAAUUUCGGACUAGUCUGAUUAGCUUAAGAUAGACGUAGAUACGAAUACGAUUAUUAUCAUUUGUUUUUAUCAUGAAAGUUUUCCAAGUUUUUCGAGUUGCACGCGUCACUUUUUUUUUCUAUGGGAAAGAUGAAAAUGAGAAAAAAAAAAAAGAAGCGUGGGCGCCAACGGACGCUAAUGGGUGCUGCCAGAUUUGGCUUACGGGGUCAAAGGUUAACCAGUGCACGACAGCUUUAUAAAAGUCUUAGGCGAACAAAAUCACUGGAUUACUCACGUGCCUAGUAUCUUUUAUUCUCUAAUUCCUUCUUCUCUUUUUAUCCGUCUAUUCUCUAGGUUUUAUCUCUUUUUUUUUCUCUCGUAUCCUCCCAUCUUUUCAUCCUGUCCUAGACAGGUUCUCUUUAUGGCACGGGUCAUAGUUCAAGAAAAAAAAGGUUACGAGUCGCGUGAUUCAGGAUUUUUUUUAUUUCUUAAAUCUUCAAACAAACAAGCUCGUCACUCUGACGGCUUUCUUUGAUUAUUUUGAAAUUUCUACGAUUUUUUUACCUUUUUUUAUGUUUAUACAAAACUUCAAAUAUUGCAAUAGCAUUAUUAUAUUUUCAUUUUUUCUUUUUAAAGCUGUAGCACAUCAUUAUAUAAAUAUAUCUACGUUUUGGAUAAUUUUCUAAAUUGAUUUAAUAGUAUUCGCAGUUAUCGCAAUCGUCUACUGUAAAGCCUUUUCGUUAUCUUGACUCAAUAGAUUCAAUAAAUUAGUAAGGUAAUGGUUGACCCAGUCGUUGACAUCCUUACCGACGUACAAUGUGUGCAAGAGAGAUAUAAAUAUGGUGUCUUACAGAGUGUCCACGAUUGGUACAGACUAGACAAAGGUCACUUAGUAUCUAAAUACUUUUCAUCCGUUUUUGUAUUUUGCGCAAUACGAGGAAACUACUGUUACGGCCGUGGAACAAAAAAAAAACCAAAUAGUGGCCCACGCCAAUUGACCGAUGUGGCAUUUACGAUAAGACAAAUAAUACGAGAAUAGGAAAAAUAUAAGUUAGCAUCGAAUAAAGAGAGAGAAAUUAAAUAAAUGUAAAUUCACGGGCUGGAUAAAGUGAUUGGGAAUAUAUUGGCUUAAAGAGAUACACUCUAUGGUUAUUCCUCGUAAUAAAAUAUCCCCUUUACUUUAUAAAGUCCAUUCAACGUAAUAAUAAUGAAUACCGAUAAUAACACGUAUCUAUUUAUUUAUUAUAGUAUUUUAGAGAGUGUAUAUAAUUGCAUAGAUUGUAUUUAAUCUAGAGUCUGAUAUUGUAAAGAUCGGCUACAGCUAUUCUCCUGUGACCGUUACAAGUACCAUUGUGUAACUUAAUGAUUUUUAUCCUUCCAUUUUCUACCUUCAUUAAAAAAAAAACAUUAUUUUGUUAUCGUGCGUAUUUACAAAAAUUAUUAAUAUUACGACAGAAGCAUCAUAUGCUUUUUUUUAGUCAUUGUGCAAUUUUUAAAUUCGCGCGCUUACUUUACCAGAACAUGACACGUGUCACGAUACGACGUCUGCUCCUUUUAUUUGCAACUGUCUGAAUGUCGUUGGCAGAAAUUAUAAUUAGCUUUGUCAUUGUAAAUUAUUUUUGAUCUGUACUUUUUUUGCCAUUACGAAAAUUUUUCUUCGACUUACUGUCAACGUGAUACAAUGUUUUUCACCUGCAUUAGAAAAAUUGAAAAUUCUUUUAAAUCAGUACAAAUGUACCGGGUGAUAUUAACGGAAAAUAAAGAUUAAUGAAACGACCUGUAGCCGAGUAAAUUUUGCAGAUAUAAGAAAUAGAAUUUUGACUUGAAAGCCGAUGAUUACCGCUGCUGCCAUUACAAGUUCAAUUUUGAACAGCAUCAUGUAUGAAUACAAUACUGAAGAACACAAAAAUUGUAUGUAACAUAACGCGCUGAAAAAGUCACUCUAUGACAAAAAUUUAAUAAAAACUAAAUGAUAGCCAAAA